UGCGUGGGCGCAUGAUCGGCGGGCGGGGCGCAGGUCGGUGGGCGUGGUGAGGUGCGGGCGUGCGGGGGUGCAGGAUGGACCACAGUGUCAAGGCCAUGACUCCACACCGCAAGGUGGCCUUUUCCCGGCUCUGCCGCAGGCAUCGCUUUGAAAAUGACGAACUGGAGGAGCUGUACCGCAGCUACACUCUCAAGCUGCAGCAGGCGAGCGUGGCAGCCGCCUCUGGCCUGCUGCUCCUGCUGUCUCUCCUGCUGGCCGCCCUACACGUCACUUAUGCCCAGGUAGCAGCGCCCGCACCCAUCACCCUACUGGUGCUCUCAAUAGUACUUGCGGCACUCCUGGUGGCUCUACACUCGCGCUACAUGCGGCACUCGUAUCUCAUGCCCGCCUGCUACUUGCUGCUGGCACUCGGGGCUAUCCUGGUGGCCCUGGUCAUGCCCGUGCCCUACACAUAUACAUGGGUAGGCUGGCAGACGCUUCCCACUGCUGGACAAGGCGUGUGGCAUGUCACUUUCGUUGCCUUUCUGGUGUACGCCCUGACGCCCGUGUCCACGCCCUUGGCCCUGGCCUAUGGUGUGGCCCUGCCGGCGGGCCAGGCAGCCCUGGCCGCCACCUUGGCCGCACCCUUCACUCAGCUACACUGGCAGCAGUUGGUUGCGAACAGCGUGAUGGCAGCCGCAGUGAACAUGACGGGGGUGUGGCUGCAGCAGCUGAUGCAGGCGGCACAGCGCAAAGCCUUCCUGGACACACGCAACUGUAUAGCUGCCAGACUCCAGAUGGAAGAUGAGAACGACAAACUGGAGCGUCUGUUGUUGUCGGUGUUGCCUCAGCACGUAGCCAUGGAGAUGAAGGCUGACAUUAUCAAGCCUGUGGAGGGACAGUUCCACAAGAUCUACAUCCAGCGACACGAGAACGUCAGUAUGGUGUUCGCUGAUAUAGUGGGCUUCACGGUGCUGGCCUCGCAGUGCACAGCGCAGGAACUCAUCCGUCUCCUCAACGAACUUUUCGGCCGUUUCGACCAGUUGGCUGAUGACAACCACUGUUUGCGCAUCAAGAUCCUUGGUGACUGUUACUACUGUGUUUCUGGCUUACCUGAAGCCAGGAGUGAUCAUGCCAGGUGUGCAGUUGAAAUGGGCCUUGAUAUGAUCGACGCUAUUGCGCGUGUGCAUAUAACACAAGCAACUCUAGACUGCCUGAGUGGGGAGUAUGAGGUGGAGCUGGCCGACGGCCACUUACGUUCACAGUAUCUAAGGGACCAUAAAGUAACCUCUUACUUCAUUAUCCCGCCACCACGUAGACGCAAGGUAUAUUUUCUUGGGUAGUUUUGCAAAUAGAGUCAGUGACCCAUAUUUUGAGUAAAGAUGAGGGUGAAGGAAUGGUAUUGAAAUGCACUCAUGUCUUGAGUAAUUUUAGUUGCUCUCUUAUUAUUUCAUUGAUUUACUGCUUAGAUUUACCUCUUAUAAUUUUUUAGUGAAUAGUUAUGAAUUUGUGUUGCAUUAUUUAUGAUAAUUUUUCACUUCCAGCACUAGUAAAGGAAUAGCAACUUUGCCACGUUUUAUCACGCUUUGUCUUUAGAGGAAAAUAUUGAAUAUAAUUCUUAUUUAAACAUUAAAAUAACUUUAGUAACACUCAGUAAUGCAUUGUACUAAAUUCCUUUCUUAUUAAUAUACAGUAUACUAAAAUACUCCCUUUUUUCUCCACAUAAACAGAAGUUGAGUUGUUAGUACAAUAUGUAAUUCUGUAAUUUCGGUGCAUCUCUCCUUAAGAAUUUCAGCAUACAGUAUUUGCUCAUUGAUAAUUCUCUGUAGUUACUUUGUAAAGUUAUCGAUUCACAAUGAAUUAAUAAAUAAGCUUAACCCUAACUAUUAUUUUUUUCUAAUUUCUUUCUGGUCAAGGGUAAACAUUGAGCAUGUGGAGAAGCUGUGAAUAAUGAGUCAAGAUGAAUUGUUAUGAUGAUGUUACUGCAAGCAAUUGUUAGCAGGUGUUAACAUUUAUUGUUAGCAAAAUGUUAACAUUUAUUAUAAGUAAGUUUUAACAUUUAUUGUAAGCAAAUGUUAACAUUAUUGUAAGCAAGUAAGUGUUAACAUUUGUCACAAGUAGGUGGUAACAUUUAUUGGUUUGGUAUAAACAUCUGUGAAGCGUGAUGCUUGGAAAUUGCUGGCAUCAUGAUGGAUGCUACACUAGGUCGCCUGUUAAUGGUACACAAGGUUGCUUGUUAAUGGUAUACAAGGUCACUUGUUAAUGGUACACAAGGUCACCUGUUAAUGGUACAAAAGGUCACCUGUUUACAGUGUGCAAAGCCACCUGUCAGUGCUGCCAAAAAAGAAUAUAAUAUCAAAUAUAUUGAUCCAAAGACUAAGGAUGAUGAAGUGGAUGAGUUUGGUAAAAGAAGGAAAUUUAAUAAAAGUGAACAUAAGAAAGAGCAAGCUGAUGAGGAUAACAAAACAAUUAGGUGAUGAAAGAUUGGAUAUCAGAUUGGAGAGAGGGAGUAUGGAGGAAGUGAAUGUAUUCAGAUAUUUGGGUGUGGAUUUGUCGGUAGAUGGGUCUAUGAAAGAUGAGGUGAAUCAUAGAAUUGAUAAGGGGAAAAAGGUGAGUGGUGCACUGAGGAGUCUGUGGAGACAAGGAGCAUUAUCCAUGGAAGCAAAGAGGGGAAUGUAUGAGAGUAUACUUAUACCAAUCCUCUUACUUGGGUGUGAAGCAUUGGUGGCAAAUGUUGCAACAAGGAAAAGGCUGGAGGCAGUGGAGAUGUUAUGUCUGAGGGCAGUAUGCACUGUGAAUAUAAUGCAGAGAAUCCAUAGUUUGGAAAUUAGGUGGAGGUGCAGGAUUCCUAAAAGUAUUAUCCAGAGGGCUGUAGAGGGGUUGCUGAGGUGGUUCGAACAUUUAGAGAGAAAGGAAUGAAAUAGAAUGAUUAUGAGAGCAUGUAAAUCUGUAGUGGAAGGAAGGCAGGAUAGGGGUUGGCCCAAGAAAGGUUGGAGGAGGGGGUAAAGAAGGUUUUGUGUGCGAGGGCUUGGACUUCCAGCAAGCGUGGGUGAGCAUGUUAGGAGUGAGCGGAGACAAGUGGUUUUUACGACUUGAUGUUCUGUUGGAGUAUGAGCAAAGUAACAUUUAUGAAAGAAUUCAGGGAAACUGGCAAGCUGGACUUGGAGUCCUGGAGGUGGGAAGUACAGUGCCUCUUUUCUGAAGGAGGGUUGUUGAUAUGUUGCCGUUUUUUAACUGUAGUGUUGGCACACCUGUGACGAGACACUGAUAAGAGUGAAUGAUGAUGAAAGUGUUUCUUCUUUUUUUGGGUCACCUUUCUUCAGUGGGAAACUGCCAGUAUGUUAAUAAAAUUAAUAAAAAAAUAAGGAUAAGACGAUUUUGGAGGUGGGAAGUAGAGUGCCUGUACUUUUGAGGAAUAGGUGUGAAUGUUGCUCUUAGCAGACUUAUUUUAAUAGUUAUGCUGUGCCCUUGUAGCAAGGCAGCUAUUGAGCAAAUAAUGGUGAAUGAGUUUUCUUUUUGGGCCACUUUUAUUGUUGGGAAAUGGCCAAUAAGUACAACAGUAAAGAAGAUUAUUCGAAGGUGAUUAAACUAGAAGAAAUUUAUUGUCAUUGUAGGUAUUGUAUUUUCAUUAUAUAUUUCAUGGCCAUUUUAAAUUUGAACUACAAAUGUAAUGAAAUAGUUUGGUAUUUCAUGUGAAUUUUUUUUUCAAAAUUAUAGUUGUGUAGGUUUUUAUAUGCGCUGCCAAGCAAAAAAAAAAAAAAAUAGGGCUGUGAACCUAAUCCACCAUAUUAGUGAGGUAAGCAGGUAUAUUGAGAUGACAUUAAUAUUAGUGAGGUAAGCAGGUAUAUUGAGAUGACAUUAAUAUUAGUGAGGUAAGCAGGUAUAUUGAGAUGACAUUAAUAUUAGUGAGGUAAGCAGGUAUAUUGAGAUGACAUUAAUAUUAGUGAGGUAAAGUUUUAGUAGACAUGAGGCAAUUGUUGAUUUGUAAUAGGUUUACCAGGUGUUGUGUCUGUGAUGAAAGGAAGGUGGAGGGCAGGUGUUGUUUCUUGACACAGUGAUGGAGGGAAGGUGAAGGGCAGGUGUUUUUUGUUGACACAGUGAUGGAGGGAAAGUGGGCAGCAGGUGUUGUUUCUUGACACAGUGAUGGAGGGGAAGGUGGGUGAUAAAUGUCGUGUUGACACAGUGAUGGAGGGAAGGUGGAUGACAGGUGUUUUGGUGACAAUGAUGGAGGGAAGGUGGGUGACAGGUGUUGUGGUGACAGUUGAGGGAAGGUGGGUGACAGUUGUUGUGGUGACUCAGUGAUGGAGGGAAGUGAAGUGACAGGUGUUGUGGUGACACAGUGAUGAGGGAAGGGAAGUGACAGGUGUUAUGGUGACACAGUGAUGGAGGGAAGAGAAGUGGCAGGUGUUGUGGUGACAGUGAUGGAGGGAAGGGAAGUGACAGGUGUUGUGGUGACAGUGAUGGAGGGAAGGGAAGUGACAGGUGUUGUGGUGACACAGUGAUGGAGGGAAGGGAAGUGACAUGUGUUGUGAUGACACAGUGAUGGAGGGAAGGGAAGUGACAGGUGUUAUGGUGACACAGUGAUGGAGGGAAGGGAAGUGACAGGUGUUGUGGUGACACAGUGAUGGAGGGAAGGGAAGUGACAGGUGUUACGGUGACAGUGAUGGAGGGAAGGGAAGUGACAGGCAUUGUGGUGACACAGUGAUGGAGGGAAGGGAAGUGACAGGUAUUGUGGUGACAGUGAUGGAGGGAAGGGAAGUGACAGGUGUUGUGGUGACAUAGUGAUGGAGGGAAAGGAUGUGACAGGUGUUAUGGUGACAUUGAUGGAGGGAAGGGAAGUGACAGGUGUUAUGGUGACACAGUGAUGGAGGGAAGGGAAGUGACAGGUGUUAUGGUGACACAGUGAUGGAGGGAAGGGAAGUGACAGGUGUUACGGUGACACAGUGAUGGAGGGAAGGGAAGUGGCAGGUAUUGUGGUGAGUGAUGGAGGGAAGGGAAGUGACAGGUGUUGUGGUGACAUACUGAUGGAGGGAAAGGAUGUGACAGGUGUUAUGGUGACACAGUGAUGGAGGGAAGGGAGGUGGCAGGUGUUGUGGUGACAGUGAUGGAGGGAAGGGAAGUGACAUGUGUUGUGGUGAUACAGUGAUGGAGGGAAGGGAAGUGACAGGUUUUAUGGUGACACAGUGAUGAAGGGAAGGGAAGUGGCAGGUGUUAUGGUGACACAGUGGUGGAGGGAAGGGAAGCGGCAGGUGUUAUGGUGACACAGUGAUGGAGGGAAGGGAAGUGACAGGUGUUACAGUGACAGUGAUGGAGGGAAGGGAAGUGACAGGUGUUGUGGUGAUGGAGGGAAGGGAAGUGACAGGUAUUAUGGUGACAGUGAUGGAGGGAAGGGAAGUGACAGGUGUUGUGGUGACAUAGUGAUGGAGGGAAAGGAUGUGAGAGAUGUUAUGGUGACACAGUGAUGGAGGGAAGGGAAGUGGCAGGUGUUGUGGUGACAGUGAUGGAGGGAAGGGAAGUGACAUGU